GGCGCGGAGCGCUGAGGGCGGCGCGGAGGCCGCGGCCGGGCCGGGCCGAGUGAGGGGAGCGCCGGGGGCUCCGCCGGCCCCUUCCCCGUCCCUCGGGCAGCGCUUCCCUGCGGGAACCCCGGGCAUGGAGACCGCGGGCCUUCCCACCAAGAAGUUGAGCAUUGCUGCACCUACAUUUGUCCUUUUGUGUUGGAAGCAAUGCUGAAUCCCACAAGAUCUGGAAACCCCUUAUCAAUCUCUUGACUUUAAUGGGGCAGUCCUUCAGGGCGUAGCUUUACCUUGGAGCAGAUGGCAUCGCCGAGCAGCGAGGAUGCAUUCCAGCAUUGCCAGGGGCUCUCCCUGAGCGACCUGGAGAGCGGGGCCAGCCUGCGCAGCCGCUCGGCCAGCCUCAGCAGCACCGGCUCCAGCGGCCGCCUGCAGCUCCGGCACAGGGUGGCACAGCUGAUGGCCUGCGUGGAGGACAUCAGCUCGGAUGAUGAGAUCCACGAAGAAGUGUCUCGCACGCUGGAUGAAGCUUUCCUCAUCUGGGGGAAAAAGCUGAAGGAUAAGUGGCAAGAAUUCAGACUACACUUAGUUACCUGGAAUGUGGGCACAGCUUCUCCCCCUCCUGAUGUCACAAGUUUACUUCAGCUCAACUCGAUGGGCCCCACCACGGAUAUGUAUGUUAUAGGCUUACAGGAGGUGAAUUCAAAAAUCACAAAUUUUCUGUCUGACCUGGCAUUUGAUGAUCCAUGGAGCAUUUUUUUCAUGACUGUCUUGUCUCCCUUGGGAUAUAUCAAGCUCUCCUCAGUUCGCCUGCAGGGGUUGCUGCUUCUGAUCUUUGUGAAGCACGUGCACCUUCCCUUCAUCCGGGACAUCCACACCCACUACACCCGCACAGGCCUCUAUGGGUACUGGGGGAACAAAGGAGGAGUCAGCGUCCGCAUGUCCCUCUAUGGGCACACGAUCUGUUUCAUGAACUGCCACUUGCCUGCUCACAUGGAGAACACAGAGCAGCGCCUGGACGACUUUGAGAAAAUUCUGGAAACGCAGUUUGAAGGAGAGGAUAUUCCAAGUCCCUUGGAUCAUGAGCUUCUCUUCUGGUUUGGAGACCUAAACUUCCGGAUAGCAGAUUAUGGGAUACACUUUAUCAGAGAAUCAAUCAAUAACAAGCGUUUAAGUCUGCUCUGGGAAAAGGACCAGUUAAAUAUGGCAAAAAAGCGGGAAGCAUUUCUGAAGGAAUUCAAAGAGGGUCCUCUGCAGUUUAAGCCCACCUACAAGUUUGACCUUGACUCGGAGGUCUAUGACACAAGUGAGAAGAAAAGAAAGCCAGCAUGGACAGAUAGAAUUCUAUGGAAAGUGAAAAAUCUCGGUGAGGUUGCAUCAAAAGAAGGCGAAUUCCCUGAAGAAGAGAACCCAAUUUCUGUUACUCUGAAUAACUAUCUCAGUCACAUGAGCUAUGGCAUCAGUGAUCACAAACCUGUCACAGGAACUUUCAAGCUUGAGAUGAAGCCUCUUGUCUCAGAUCCAUUGGUCAUGCUGAAUCCUGAGGGUGAGUGGAGUGUAGAGCACGAUGUUCUCAUCCACUACUCCGCGGCGCCUGAACUCCCCAGCAGUGCUUGGGACUGGAUUGGGCUCUUCCAGGUGACUUUCAAGCAUGUGAAGGAUUAUGUUACUUAUGCUUGGGUGGAAGAUGAUGAAAUUUCUUCCAAUGGAAACAGUAAACAAGUUUACAUGAGUGCUUCAGAAAUACCCAAGACAGGAGGAGAAUUUUUGCUUUGUUAUUAUAGCAAUAACUUGCAGUCAAUAGUUGGCAUCAGUGAACCUUUUCAGAUUCAGCCUAGCCAAACACCAAUAGAAAAGGAUGUGCCAGAGGAGGAGAGCAGUUGGCGGCAGAAACCUGACAAUCCAGAAUCAGAUGGUGAUUCUGAAAAUAGAAAGGACAUUUAAUGGUCCUGGUUCAGCAGUCAGAUGAUUCUUUUUGUCUUAGUGAUUGUAAGCUUUUGCUCUUAGAAGAUGGAGUAAGACAGGUAGGAAUGUUUGGAAGCUCGUAGAAGAUAAUUUAUUGUGGAAAUGGUUAUUUUUAUUCUGGGGAGAGUAACUCUCUUGCACUGGAUGAGAACUGUAAAAUAGCACUUAAGGAAUGCUGUAUGUUUUAAGGUGAUAGACAUUUCUGAUGCAAUGAUUUAACCUAAGGAAGUUGCAAUGUUUAAUAGGUUUAUAGGCCUGUUCCUUUUUUUGUAGAGGAUAUUUUAUUUACGAUGCAAUACUUAUUAUGCUGUAACCACUUAAUAAUUGAUUUCCAAACUUUGAGUUUAAAUGAAGUUAUUUAAAAAUUAUUUAUUAGAUACAGCUAGUUAGCUUGUUUUGAAAUCUUAUUUGACUUAGAGAUGUAAGCUAAUUACCUUUUGGGAAACACCAGUGACAACAGGUGACAUGAAAAACAAAAUCUUUGGAGUGUGUAAACUCUCCUUUGGUAGAUCCUUCUCUUCAUGCCUUACUGAAGAACUCUUUGUAGGAUUUUCAAUUUCUGAUUCUUCCAAAUUGAAAUACAUUUAUCAAAAUGCACUAUUCAUGAUUUUUGAAAUUCUUAUUUUAUAAAACAAUUAAGCAAUUUGCCCAUUGCCUUUACCCCCCUUAUUAAAAAACAUAAACCCAUUUUUAUACCAGUCCCUGGCUUGGAGUGAGCCAGGAUCCCACAACUUCUGAGGGAUAUUGCAGAAAUUGAGAAAUGCUUUAGCAUAGAUGAGCAACCCACGGUUGAUGAUUUGGCAUAAUAUUUGAAAAUUGUAAAUCUCUUCAAUUUAUAGCAAUCAGUCUGCAAACUUUCUGUUUUUCUAGAGGUGCUCAGACCUUUCUGUAUCCUGUGCACUUGAGGGUGGAGAAUGGAAUAGAAAUUUCUUGUACCUUUAGGAACCUGAAAGGUAGUUAGCUUCUGAAAGGGUCUUGUUUCUUGGUGAGGAAAUAGAGAUCUUUGGAAAGGAUAGGAAAGGGCACCAACAUUCCACAGAAUCUCAGUCUGCAGUGCUGGGACAGAGCACUUUGAGUCUCCCAUGCUCUGUACCCACAGCUCCCUCCCAGGUGUGGUGAGCAGAGUUAGUCACUCCUCGCUGGCACAGGGAUGGAAAAGAGCAGGUUUGGUUCAGGUGGAAGAGCAAGGGAUGUUGGGAUGUUCGUGCUGGAAUUCUGCUUCAGAACUGAGUGGAUUCCUUUUUGCUCUUUUUCUCAAAGCCUUAUUUUCUUCAGGGUUGUUUUGAGAUAGAAAGUUAACAGCUUGAUAGGAUAUUUGUUUUGCUUUUAUCAUUCACUGUAUAAAACCUUUUGAGGUCCAGGUGUCUUUGUGUCCUGUUGAAGCUCUGGCAUAGGUUUCUGGUUAGGUAGUUGCAGUGGGCUUUAGGAACACUUGGCCUCUGUAGGUUUUAAUUGUAUCUCAGCUUGAUGCUUAGUGUUGGGAAUACUUGGUGAGUAGUGAGGGCAGGUUCAGAGGAUACUGUGUUCAUUGCAUGGAUUAACACUGCCUUGAGGUUUACAGUUUGUACAUUCCUGUUACACUUUGGAACCAUAUUAGAAACAAUUUUCCCAUUUAUACUGGUCUCCCAAGAAUUUGUUUUGCACUGAAUCUUUCAGAUAUGUGACUUCUCAUGGCAAUUAGGGCAUCAGACAAACCCCUGCUUUGAACUGCAGUACUUUCUGCAGUUCCUGAGCUGUGCUCUGUCUCUGGUUUCACUCGUGUAACUCUGACCAUCCUCCACGCAAGGAGAUUCUCUGGAGAGCCCGAAGAGCAGUGGGCUUUGAAUUCCAGACCACAGCUGGCCAUUUACUGUGGACCAAGAUCCAGUUUCUUCUAAGCAGGGUGCAUCUGCUGGGCAGGAGCAGCUCAGAGGGAGCCAUGCAGCCUCUUUUUAGGGGCGAGACACUCGAGAUGCUUUGUGUUUGUGGGAGCUGAGAGCCCUCUGUCACUGGACACAGAAGCUGCAUUUUGUAAACUGAUCCUUUGAACCACGGGACUUCCCGGAAAAUGCCCCCAGCAGCUGGGAUUGGAGCUGCUUGUGUGUAAGGAGGAUGCUGCACAGAACUCUGCACUUCUUUCUUCAGUAUUAUGCACACAGAGGCACUUUUGUUUACUACUGUUACCUAUGGUAGCUUUUCAAACUAUUCCAUGACCUGUAAUGAUGCAAUUUCUGAUGAAAUUUAUCUUUUCUUAAAACACCUUUAAUUGGAUGUUAUAAUCACUGGAAAUGUUUUUAUACUCAUGUGUUUUUCUUUUCAUGUACCUCUGAAAUAAAUCCUGGCAGUGAA